AUGAAGCACCAACCCGCGAUUGCGCACCAAUCUGCACUUGCGCACCAAUCCGCGCUUGCGCUCCGGGCGCAACGGCGGGGAGGAGGGAGGGCGACGACGGGGAGGAGGGAAAGGCGACGGCGCGGAGGAGGGAGAGGCGACGGCGCGGAGGAGGGAGAGGCGACGGCGCGGAGGAGGCGGAGGCGACGGCGCGGAGGAGGCAGUGGCGACGGCGCGGAGGAGGCAGAGGCAACGGCGCGGAGGAGGGAGAGGCGAUGGCGCGGAGGAGGGAGAGGCAACGGCGCGGAGGAGGGAGAGGCAACGGUGGGGAGGAGGGAGAGGCGACGGUGGGGAGGUAAGGGAGAGGAGAUGGCGGGGUGGGACGGAGUGAUUGUGAGGUGGGAGGAAGGGGCGAUGGUGGAGUGGGAGGGAGAGCCCGUGGUUUUUGGGUCCCGGAUGCCCGCGUUCCACCCACAGCAACUGGUCAACGGGCUCCACCUAGCACCGCGACCACAAAUACCGUUUGCAGCAGCGGCGGUCGCGUUACAAAAUCAACCGGGUAAUGUUACCGCGCAAGGAGUUUCCACGACUCAUCCCGUUGGACAACACAUUGCGUCCCCGUCCGUGCCCACUAGCCAGCUCUUUGGGAUGCCUGUGCGUGGCUUCGUAGGGCCGCAGUACUCGAACGUGGGAUUCAGGUACGGGUACUUCGGCGUUAAACCAGACCCCAUGGUGCACGCACCCGCAUCUGUCGCGACGCCUCCUGUCGCGCCGUCAACACCAUUCCCCAGCGCGAUUCAUCCGGAAAGCCAGCCAGCGGUGCAAGCCCCGCCAGACCCUAGAGAAGCAUUAGUUGUCGGUUUGGACACACGGGCGCGAACAGACGGCCCAUCAUCGAACGCGGAUGCCGGUGGUUUAGGGCGUGCGGUGAAUGGUGGAGCGGGGAUGAAUGCGAGCGCGCGUGCACAUUCGCCGCCAAUAUGGAACGUGAACUCACUGUUGCCCGGAAACCCCGACAUCCACAUCCGCACCCCCGCGCAUCCGACUGUAGCGUACGCGACUGGUGUAGGUGGGCAACCACAGGCGAACGCGGGGCGUGGAGUGGGUGCAAGCGGAAACGCGGUAAGGGGAAGAGGGACGGGUGCGAGAGGGAACGCGGGAAGAGGGACAGGGGAGAGAGGGAGCACGGCUAGAGGGAGAGGUGCGAGACGAAGGGGUGGGAGAGCAAGCGCGGGACGUGGGACAGGUGUGGGAUCGAACGAGUAUAGUGCGAACGGGCAGGGAGCGCAUGAGGUGACAGGUAACGGCGGCUCGGGUAGCGGUGUUAACGCGAACGGCGGGUCCGGUAACGGGCCAGUUAAUAGACCGUGUAUAAGGAGGCGGAGAGUCGAUGUAGUGCCGCACACGGCACGCAACGUCUCCCGGGAGGGGAGCGAGGGGGCAAGCGAUGAGGAUGACAAGGACGACGCUGACGAUGCGGACGAUAGUUGGAAUGGCGAUGACGAAAACUACCUAUCGAACUCGCUGUCCGGGCUCAACGAGGAGGAGGCGAAAGACAACGAACGGGUGCGGGGUACGCGGAGGGACAUUGAGGUCCCUAUCGCGGAUUGGAACAGGCUAGGUGUGGACGACACACCGGCCGCGAAACGAGAGAUGUGCUACGGAAUCCUCUACGGUGUCUCUGAGGCCACGCUGAAGAAGUAUCGCGGUUGGGCCAACGAGUACAAGCGGUUCAUGGCUCACGAGCUGCCUAAACUGGACGCGGGUAGGUUUGGUGAUGAGGCCGCGUUGAGAAACGCGGACCCCGACGAGAUAGGGGCCGCGCUCGAACAGAACAUGGGUGGUGACUGGAAGAUGGCGGAGGGCGACGAGCAGUGGUUCCACGGCUCUGAGACGAAUCCGUGGCGCUUACGCAAAUACGUGACCUUCCUCGCGAACGAGACAGUCGCGCAGGCGGACAGGAUGGCCACACUCAAGCGGCCAGAGAAGACCUUGAAGAAGAGACGCCAGUGCACCCCGGCAAUGCUGAUGGGGCGUCUCAAGGCUUUGAACCUGCUCAUCAAGCUGGACAAGGCCAUCUUCAGGAAGCCCGUUCUGAACCUGCUGCGCGACUUUGCGGAGUGUCGCAUCUGGGUCCGCGUUCAAGUACGCAACCAGUACAAGCGGUUUAUCGCGACGGGCAAGACAAACAAGGACUUCUCGCUCAACUACAUAUCUGCUAUGAGGCACAUAGAUUGGACGUUGUGCGCGGUCGGAGCCACGCUGCUGUGGCUGCACUGGGUGUACGACUUGGUUCCCAUCCUCUACAAGGACAUAGCCCCCCCUCUCGACUUUACGGAACCCUCGACGUGGUACGAUCAAUACCUGUUCUUCCCCCUUCGCGCUGGCAAUGAGAAGCAAAUACCGCCCACGACUCAUCACGACUGGGCGGCGAAGAUUCUCCAGGAUGCGGGAAUCACAUGCUCGCGUGCGGUACACGCGACCAGGGCUGGGGGGGCGCAGCACGUGUCCGCGGACGGAAUGCCUUCGGAUCAGCUGGCGAGGCUGGGGGGUUGGCGCUUCAUCAACGUGAUGACUAAGCACUACCUCACAACCAUUCCGAGGGAGGCCGUGCUGCUGAAGGCGGGCUUCACCGGGGUUGACGGUGACUACUUCCUGGGUCGCGCAACUGUUCCGUGCAAGGAUUACAACCGCAAGAUGGUGAAAAAGCAGAAGCCGGAGAAGCAGGACACCACGGGGCUAAACAUAAUGAAGGAGCUGGAUGGUGACGCUAGGAUGGCGGUCGCGCAAGACCUGGCAAUGUAUUACAUCCACCAGCCGCGACACCCGUACGUGGUCAACAACCCGCUCUGCCAGACGGAGGAAUUUGCGUCGUGGGCUGCAGAUGUCUCAUUGGCAAAUCAACUCGCCAUAGUACAGCGCAACACACCUACACUGACCCAGCCCGCAGAGGUGAGUACCAGAAUGGACGCGCAGAACCAAGUGACCAUCCUCACUGAGUACCUGACUCGUUCACAAGCGGACAACACCAGACUGGGCCUAGAGUUGGUCGCGACUCAUAACCGGGUGAAAGAGCUGGAGGGGCUGCUGGAGGAUCGCGAUCGGAAGCUGGCCGCGAAGGACGAGCGCGUGAAUAAUUUGGAGGCCCAGCUGUCGCGGCUCACCCCCCGCGGUGCAGUUACGCGAAUGGCCGCGCUCAUUGGGGAGGAGGGAGGCGGUCAGAACGUGAUAAACCGUGUCAAGCGACUCAUGAACUUCAUCGCCCACAGGGUGGAGCAAGGAGACGACAUCGCGGUAGUGCUCGACAAGCUCGACCUCGUGUCAGGAGCUGUGGGCAUGUCGGGUGUAUCGGAAGGGAUCGCGGUAAAGAAGAAGAGUGUUGACCUGGAACUGAGCCAGCUCAAGAAGGGUUCUCCGGUGGAGUUGCAGUUGCGUGUGAAAUGGAUGCUUGUUCGCGACCGUCUCAUCAAUGCCUCUCUUCCCGCGUCUGAGUUCACGGUCGCGUGGCCCCAGUACUGUGCGCUGAUGCCAGACUUACAGUAA